AACAUAUCUAGCCAUAUGGUAUUGUUUACUAUACUUGAAUAUUUAAUACGUAAAUAAAAGAAUGGAUUCUGCUCCACUAAAUUUGGCUCAUUUCCACGAGAGAAGAGCUGAAAAGUUGCUCAAACGACAUCACUAUGACGAAGCCUACAAAGCAAUAGAGACUUCCCUGCUUUACAUAACAGAUGCGUACAAAAUAGUUCGAUUGCCAAAAGCAUUGCUUGUUUUAAAUACACAAAAAUGGGACUAUGAGCGAAAAUUGCAGCAAAUUGGGAUGCGUAAGCAACAAUAUGAAAGAAUGAAACAAAAAGAAAUCCUUCCUCCCCAAAAUGAGAAUACAGCCGUAAAAGCCGACAUAGUAAAUGCCCAAUCUAUUGCAAGAUCCAUAGAUAAAACAAUAAAGGAAUUCAAUGAUAAAUAUGGGAGUGUGAUGAUUAAUAUGCAGCAUUUAAUGCUAGAACCGUCUAGUAAAGAUCAAGAUAACAGUGGUAAGGGGCUUCUUAAGGAUAACGAGCCAAAGGAUGAAUCAAAUGACAACACAGGAAAAAAACGUUUGAGUAUAUUAGAUGAACAUUUGAAAACUGACGAAGACUUGCCCUCCUUAGUGCCCCUAGAAUUACCCUCCUUCGACUACUCUGUUUUUAUAUCAUCUGGUUUGGUGGAAAACUUCCAAAAAUAGAAUAUAAGUAUUAACAUUAUUAUUAUUAUUAUAAAGUUAAUGAUCUCUAGGUAACAUUAGUAGAUACUGAGUAAUAACAAACAUUAUAUGUA